AACAAGCCUUACCAUGCAGAUGGAGUACAUGCGAAAAAGAAGCGUGUGUCAACAGACUGCGGCGCUCUUGUGGAAAAAUAUAAUUCUGAAAUGGAGGAUGAGAAUGCAGAGUUUUCAGGAAUUGUUUUCUUCCCUGGUUGUCUUCAGUAUAAUACUGUUAGCAACAUUUGGAUUAUUAAUUGAUGAUACUGGCGAAAUACCUCAUGCUCUUCUUGGGAAACCUUCAUUUAAUAUUACUGAAGUUAAAAUUUUGUAUGCUCCAAAUACUAAGAUGUCAAGAGAAAUAAUGAAGAAAAUAGAAAUACUUUCUCCUCUAAAAGGUGUUGAGACAAAAGUGAUGGAAGAUGAGAAGACUAUGAAAGAUGAGAUGGCCAUUGCAUCAGAGCAGGACCCGGACUUAGAUAUUAUUGGAGUUAUAUUUCAAGAUGAAAUUUCCUAUCGACUCAGAUUUCCUAUCCACAAAACAGUUAACCCACACAAAGAUCUUGCUGUUAUAGAUACCUGUUUCAACUUUUCCUCAAUUUACUGUAAAAAUCCAACGUAUUGGACUCAAGGCUUUGUCUCACUGCAAUCUAGCAUUGAUAGUGCACUUAUUGAAAGGAUCACCAAUCACUCUGUUUGGGAAGAAAUGAGUUCUAUUAAUGGCAUCCGUAUGAGAUCUCCUUCUGUUUCCAUGGCAUUUGAAUUAGGAAAUGGUGUGUUCCUUUGGAUCUUAUCGCUAUGUUUUGCUCCAUUUAUGUAUUUCUUGGCACUAACUCUUUCAAGAGAGAAACGGAAAUUAAAAGAGGUGAUGAAGACAAUGGGACUACAAGAUGCAGCGUUCUGGCUCUCCUGGGGUUUGCUGUACACCAUGUACAUCACAAUUCUAAGCAUGGUGCUGACAUUUUGUUUGAAAGCUACAUAUUUUUACCUAAGCAGCAAUUCUACAUUAUUUGUCCUGCUUUUCCUUUAUGGCAUUUCAUCUAUAUGUUUCUGUUUCAUGUUGAGCUCUCUCCUAAAGAAGCCCAGAAUCACUAGCUCUGUAAUUUUCAUCUUCAUUUUUUGUUUGGGAGCCCUCAACGUACCUACAGCAAUUAGGUUGAUACCUCCAAGUUUGGAGUUGAUUUUGAGCAUCUUCUGCCCAUUUGCUUUUGGUGCUGGACUUUCAAAGGUUCUCUAUUUUCAAAAAUAUGGAAGCACCUUUGAUUUUACCAACUUAAUGGUCGAACCAUAUGGUUAUUGCUUGCUUAUUGACAGCCUUUUAUACAUGCUGCUGGCUUUCUAUUUUGAUAAGGUUGUGCCUGACAAAUAUGGGGUACCUUAUCCUCCAUUGUUUUUCUUGAAGAAGACCUAUUGGUGUAAACCCAAAAGGCCCUAUACUGGUGAUGUUCCUACAAACGAAGGGAGUCAUGGGAGUAUCUUCAGUGACAAUGCUGAACCUGUGCCUCCUGAGUUUGAUGGGAAGGAAGCCAUAAGACUAAAUAACAUUAAAAAAAUUUAUAAAAUGAAAAGCACAGAAACAGAAGCUUUGAAAGGAUUGUCCUUGGAUAUUUACGAAGGUCAGAUCACUGCAAUACUUGGUCAUAGCGCAUCUGGGAAAACUACAUUGCUAAACAUUCUCAGUGGACUUUCCAAACCAUCUGAUGGUUUUGCAUCCAUAUACACGUACAAUAUAUGUGAAAAGGAACACAUGGAAAAGAUUUGGGAAAUAAGUGCUAUCUGUCCACAAUUCAAUAUCCAGUUUGAAUUUUUAACAGUGAAAGAAAACUUAAAGACAUUUGCUAAAAUAAAAGGGAUACCAUCCAAUGCUGUAGAAAAAGAGGUUGAAAAAUUGUUGACGCUCUUGGACAUCAAAGCCAUUCAAAACACCCAAGCUAGUCAUUUAAGUGGUGGACAAAAACGAAAAUUAUCUCUUGGGAUUACAUUUUUAGGGGAACCACAGGUAUUACUAUUAGAUGAGCCAACUGCUGGAUUGGAUCCAUAUUCUAGACACCAAGUGUGGUCUCUCCUGAAUGAACGCAAAGCAGAUCGAGUCAUUUUAUUCACUACCCAGUUCAUGGAUGAAGCUGAUAUCCUUUCUGACCGGAAAGCUAUUAUCUCACAUGGGAGGCUGCAGUGUGUUGGUUCAUCUCUGUUCUUGAAGAAAAAAUGGGGGCUUGGCUAUCAUUUAAGGAUACAUACAAAUGAGUUUUGUAACUUUGAGAGAAUAACAUCACUGGUCAAACACCACAUCCCUGCUGCAAAAAAAUCAGGACAACGUGAAAAUGAGCUGAGCUAUACCCUGCCCUUACAAAAUGUGGAUAAGUUUUCAGAUUUGUUCAGUGAUAUGGAUCAUCAGACAGACCUAGGACUUAUUAAUUAUGGAGUUACCACGACGACUCUGGAAGAUGUCUUCUUGAAGCUAGAAGGAAAUGAAAACAUGAAAGAAGAAGAUUUUGGAAUCCUUCAUGGAUGGGAAGCGGCAGGAAAGGAUGAAAUGGAACGGGAUCAGCUGUUGCUCUCAGACACGGGAAAGGUGACCAUGAAAGGCACAGAGCUCUGGAGACAACAAGUUUAUGCCGUUGCAAGAAUGCACUUUCUAAACCUCAAGAGAGAGAGCAAAAUCUGGGGAACCUUGCUGCUACUUACUGGAAUUAUGUUAGCACCUUAUAUUACCCAAAUGAUCAGCUACUCUGUUUGGUUGAAUCUUCAAUAUGAAGAGAUUCAUCCUGGGCUUUAUUUUGAGCCAGGGAAAGAGUUUUUCAGAGGGACAUCAGGACUUCUGGUCCUUAAUAAUACAGGUGAAAAAAUUGAUAAUUUUAUCCAGGCACUGAAGAGUCAAAACAUCCUGAUGGACGUCAUCUCUGGUAACAUAGUCAGUGACCAGCUGGUUCACAAUGGGGCCAUAAAAGUAGACCUUGAAAACAAGAAAUACAAGUUCACACUUAUGUGCCAUAUGGAGAUAACUAACUGCUUUCCUGUGCUUGUCAACAUCAUCAGCAAUGCAUUUUUGCAUAUGUUUAAUUCUACUGCCCAUCUUCGAACCUGGAAUCAUGUAUUUAUCAGUGUAAGUAUUCCAGAGGAAUAUCAAAUGAAGUUUUUUUGUGUGCAGGAAGCAACAGGGAAAAUAUUCCUAUUUAGUUUCAAAUAUAAUCUAAUCAUAGUUUUCAAGAUAUUAUGUAAAAGGCGAUUGCUAGGGAGCAUAAGUGGUGGGAGAGUUAUUGAUUUAUAUUCUGAAUUCUGGAUGUUAAUGGAAAUUUACAUGAUUGCGGCCUCAAUUGUAUUACCUGCUUUUCCACCACAAUUUGCAAUGCGAAGUAAUGAAGAUUACAUGAUAAGAACUCGUUCCCAGCUGCGAAUCGCAGGACUUUUUCCUUCUGCCUACUGGUGUGGACAAGCUCUGGUGGAUAUGCCCCUGCAUUGCCUUCUACUUCUUUUAGUUCUUUGGCCGUGGUUUUUAAAAAUAGGAGUUACAAGCGCUCACUUUAUACCCAGAUUGACUUCCUGCUUGGUGGCAUUUUUCCUUGGCUACAGUAUAUCGAUUGUUUUAUUCCUAUACAUAAUUGCCUUCGUAUUUCGCCAAAAAAAGCAUGCUGCCAGUUUUUGGUCACUCAUCUCUAUUUUAGUAAGUGUCAUGCUGCUUUUGUUCUUAAUAAAUAUCUUGACAAUUUCAAUUACACAGCACUACAUCAGCUACCUGUUAUGUUUUUUUGUUCCUAUGUUUCUAGUUACGACUUUUAUAAUUUCUUUUACAACUCUGCUGGGAGGCUUUUAUAUUGAUGAAGGUGAUACGUCAAAUCAGACACAGCUCUUUAUAUCUACUUUCAUGCCCUACUUGCAGGGUAUAAUCCUCAUGUUUUUACUGCGUUAUCUGGUGAUGAAAUAUGACCAGACUGUUAUGAGAAGAGAUCCCAUUUUUAGGAUUUCUCCACAGAGAAAAAGAACCCAUCAGAAUCUUGAAGAGCUCAGCCAAGCAGAUGACAAAGAUGUCCUUGAUGAAAGGACAAGAGCUCAGAGUGCACUGGCUUCUCUCAAUGAAGAAGAGAAACCAGUUAUCAUUGUCCAUGACUUGCGCAAGGAAUACAAACAUGGGAAGACUUUUUCCUCUUGUUUGAAGAAGAAGGAAGAAAAAAAAGUAGCUACCAGAAACGUCUCCUUUUGUGUUAAAAAAGGAGAAAUUUUAGGGCUUCUGGGACCCAAUGGAGCUGGUAAAAGUACAACAAUUAACUUGAUAACAGGAGACACAGAACCAAGUGCAGGACAGGUGCAGAUUAAAGGAGCUGAUGGAGCUGCGACAGAAGAAAAUGUUGCUCUUGGCUACUGUCCUCAGGAGAAUGCACUCUGGUCCAAUUUGACCAUGAAAGAACAUUUGGAGAUUUUUGCAGCCGUAAAAGGAAUAAGGAAAGAUGAUGCUAUUAUGGCCAUUAAUCGAAUAUCUCAAGCUCUAGAACUCCGAGGGCAUUUAAAAAAGAGAAUAAAGACUUUAGCAGCUGGAUUAACCAGAAAACUGUGCUUUGCUCUGAGCAUGUUGGGUAAUCCCACUCUGAUGCUUUUGGAUGAACCAACCACAGGCCUGGAUCCAAAAGGGAAGCGCCAGGUGUGGAGAGCAAUUCACACUAUGCUGCAGGAGAAAGAUGAAGGAGUCAUUUUGACAACUCACCACAUGGAGGAAGCAGAGGUGUUGUGUGACCGAAUAGCUAUCAUGGUGUCUGGACAGCUCAGGUGCCUUGGUUCAAUUCAGUAUUUGAAAAGCAAAUUUGGGAAAAAUUAUUUGCUACAAAUAAAAGUAAAGGGAGUAGAACAAGGAGAUCUUGUGAAUACUCAGAUUCUAAACAUUUUCCCACAAGCAGCACGUCAAGAAAGGAUAUCCACUUUGUUGGUCUAUAAGAUCCCAAUGGAAGAUGCCCUGCCUCUCUCUAGAGCCUUUGCCAUGCUAGAAGAUGCUAAACAACACUUCAGUCUUGAAGAGUACAGCUUUUCUUUGAACACUUUGGAACAGGUAUUCCUGGAACUGUGCAAAGAACACGAGCGAGAUUAUUUUGAAUUGGCUCCAACUUCUGUAUGGAGAGAACUGUAGCACCAACAAGAUAGUUGAAAGAUUAAUCAACUACCGAGACAAACACCAGUUUCUUCCUCCAGCAAAAAUGGAGGACAAAUAGGUUGAGCACUCUGAGGAAUAUUGCGUCUGGACAUUCCCUGGGGAAAAGAUAUCCAUUUCUGUUGUCUUCUCUCUGUUUAACAAGUACGCCUUGGUGUCUUCAGAUUAACCUCCAUAUUUAUCGCGUCUAAAGAUAACAUUUCUCAAUAUUUCACAACUAACAGCAAAAUGAAUGUUUCUGCACUGUUUUGUUUUUCAUGAGAAAAACUGGAAAUGGAAAUAUAUUUUUAAAAUGUAUUGUUUAUAGCCUAGUACACAAACAUAUAUAGAUGGCAUAUCUUUCUCAGAAUGUGUUAAUAUUUUUAAUUCAGAUAACAAUUCAAGAUAUACCCAGUGUUUAUUGGGUGGAUAAAUAAACCGCCAUACUCUAAAUACCUAUGUAUUGUUGCCCUCCUCAGGUUCCAUUUAAUAAAUAGUAAUAGAGCUGACCCAAUUAACUAUUGUACUAGGAGCCAUUAAAUAUCAUCACAAAUUGUAUGCUAGUCUGCUUCUUGUGAAAUGACUAGAAGAAGACAUGAGCAAGCUUUUUUAAUAAGAGAAAAGCCCUACUGUAUAUGCCAUUGUUAAACCAUUAAUCUUACAGAAAAAUAUACUAUUCUAUCUAAGGGACUAUUUUAUGUAGCCUUUAUAGAUUAAAAACCAGCCUUUGAUUGCAUUCUCUGUGAUAUGACUUGGAAAAAAUCUGAAAGGAUCUCAAUAGAUUAUUGGUGAUUCCAGUUGACUAAACAGGUGAAAGUGGCUGCUCCUCUUCAGAUUAGACGUAAUAACAGGGACAAUUUUCUUCCCCAUCCUAUGGCAGGAAGGGAUUAAGUAAGGCUGCAUCUUAACAUAGACUGUCUAAUUUUUAUAUUUUAUAUUAGAAAUUAUCAAAAAAGAGCACCACUGACCUAAUUUGGUGGGUCAGUGAAAAGCAGUUAUGUCACAUAUAGCUAUAUUUAUUAGCACCAAUUGGCUAAAGAGUAUAUGAUGGCCUUUAGCUCUUUUGUAAGGGAUAAAUUAUCUGUCGAUAAAUUACCAGAAGACAAAGGUACUGUCUUCAAACUACUAAGCACCCACAAAAUUGGUAGCUAUAUAGCACGGGUGUCAAACUCACCACGUCAUGUCACGUGUUGCGACAUAUCGCGACUCUUUUUGCCAGCAAUGGGGUGGGCGCGGCUUCAGUAUGAUGAAACUGACUCGCGAGCCAGCAGUUUAACACCCCUGCUAUAUAGGGACAAUAUUCCUAUAAAAAAUGAAUACAUUUAUAAAAACACAGUAACUCAGGAAACUAAAUAGCUAGGCUCAAAAAUUUUAAUACUGUUUAGAGAGGGGAUCUUAUUCUAAUUGUUUUACAUGCUUUGAGAUUUAUAGCUCAGUUUAUGGUCUCAAAUCUACCCAUACACAGAUACUGAUUUUGGUCCACUGAUGACAACACAGACUAAAUUUUAAGAGAUUUAGUAUUUGAUAUGCCUUUAAUUAAAGUCUUUAUUACUGGAUAAAUGCAAUAUUUUUUUCAGUUAUCUUAUGCUAAUCCUAAUUCUAGUCACACUUAUUGGAGAAAAUGUUUAAUACAAAUCUUAAUGAUUGUGGUUGUAAUUUGUAAUUUUUAUGGGGAUAGAGAUACAGUAUCUAAAAAGACCCUAAACAAAGAGUAAGCAGUAUAAAGCUUUGAAAAGAUGUAAUUUAUUUGCCAUUGUUUUCAUUACUACUGGGCACAAAGAAAUCUAUGAUUGCCAUUUCUAUAUAUCCAGUUGACAUAUUCUGACCUCAAAGCCCUAUAGAAAAGUGUUCACUUUGGUCUCCUACCUGCAUUAUGUGAAGGCAAAUUCAGCCAUAUUGCUGGUGAAAGCUGUUUCUUGUCCUCCAUGUUGGAUGGAGGAAAUCAAAUACAUUUCAUACAUACUUUUAAUAUGCUCCCAAUAUAAGAUAGCUGACACUUUUGUUGAGAGAAAAAAUUGCAAUGAUGGAAGUACAAACAAAUACACUUUCCUUAUUAGAUCAGAAAGACUUAAAUACUGAUAAUCAUGCAGCGUUUUACUGGAUGGCAAAAAAGGAGUUGAAGUUUAUAAUAAUUGAACUCUUAGUGAUAUAUCAUUACUGAACAUUAUAUGGAAAAUAAAUGUCAUUUAAGCAAUAAAUACCAUGUACAGUACGUUAUUGAAAUACUGCAGGAUUGUUUCUUUAAACACAAUUUAUGUACCAUUUGUUUCAAACUGUAUUUUAAUUUUGUUGCCCUGGAAUUAGAAGAAUUGUCUUGGAAAAUUUAAAUUUAGUCAAAAAUACUCAGGAAAUUGUUAACUAGAAUUAACCUCAUAAAUACUUUACAUUAGCUCCUAUCCUGUUCUAUC